AACUUCACAUCGAAACUGUCGCAUUAUCAUCAUUUGCCAAUUCUGUGUGCCGUAAUUUGUUUUUGUUCGCAAUAAAUUAAGUCGAGAGAGAGUUUUAUACAAGUUGAAGAGAGGAAUUUUUGCCUUGAUAAUUAAUAGAUAAAAGGAGAGUGAUUGCGAAAAACAGCUCAAGUGGUGGUGGUGGUUUCUCUCAUUUAUAAUUUUUUACAAGUCACUGCUUCGUCCGGCGACUCCGAAUUGAAAACAUUGCAAAAUGUCGCACCCUUUCAAAAAGGAGCAACUCAUAGAGUUGAAAUUCUUCACGGAGAUGUGUAUCAAAGAUCCUGAGGUUCUAAAUCUUCCGGAACUUUCGUUCAUGAAAGAUUUUGUCAAGCACUUUGGAGGUACAGUUCCAAAGUCUAGAAAAAACGAGAAGAAACCCGAAGAAUUUAAAGCCAGUGAACCGGUGGUUGAAUCUGAACCAGAAACUGAAGACAGUGAUAUCGAGCUGGACAUGACUGGAGUAAUAGAACCAGAUACAGACGCUCCGCAAAAAAUGGGCGAUCCAACGGCUGUACCAACAGAGGAGGAAAUUUCCGAGUCGAAGGAAAAAUGGCCCGAGGCAGUUUCCGCGUAUGCAGAAAAAGAUUUUGAAAAAGCCAUUCAACUUUAUACAGAGGCAAUUAUUUUGAAUCCACAGAAGGCACUUUUAUUCGCAAAACGUGGACAAGUUUAUUUGAAUUUAAAUAAACCAAAUGCCUGUAUUCGAGACUGUAAUCGUGCAUUGGAACUGAAUCCUGACAGUCCAGCCGCUCACAGAUUUCGCGGACGUGCCUAUCAACUUUUGGGCAAAUGGGAAGAAGCCGCCAGUGACUUGAGAUUCGCCUGUCAGGUCGAUUUUGACGAAUUAGCUCAGGAAUGGCUCAAGGAAGUUACGCCAAACGCGAGAAAACUCGAAGAGCACAGAAGAAAAAAAGAGCGCAAGGCAUCGGAGAAGAAGGAUCGCGAACGUCAAGAGAGAUUGAAAAAAGCUCAAGAAGCUUGUUCCAAAGCUCGCGAUGAUAAUACUCGAACUCCACAGACCAAUUCUGAUGGAGAUUUUUACCAAUUUUUGAACGAUCCCGACGUUCUUCAAUCUUUCCAGGAUCCAGAAGUGGCCGAAGCUUUUAAAGACAUUUCGUCGAAUCCUGCAAAUAUGUUCAAAUAUCAGAACAAUCCGAAGAUCAUGUCGUUGAUAACCAAGGUCGCGUCGAAAUUCGGAGGUGCCGGAGGAAUGGGAGGAAUGGGAGGAUUCCCUGGAAUGAUGGGUGGAAUGCCAGGAUUUCCUGGAGCUGGUGCGACGCCUCCGAAACCUUCUGCUCCCAAUGAUGACGUUGGUCUUGAUUAAUUUCCAAAA